AUGAGCCCACCCGCGGAUCCUCGUGACUGGCAUCUUGAUUUCAGCUCCUAUCGCGAGCAGGUCAACUCGUAUAAGUGCCCAGUACCUGGCUGUAGUCAGUCGUUUGCAGCUCUGGAGUUUUUACAAUAUCACAUAAGCCAGAGCCACACAUUCAAGCAGAACCCAGACAGAGUAAGCUAUGCCACCUCAACGCCCCUGAUGAUCGGCAAUGUGAAUCAGACUGGAGAAACGAAACCACCAGUCAUUCCUAUACCCACUGUACAGAGAGUUUCGCAGGCGCCUCAGAGAGUUACACAAUUUCCACCACCAAGCACUAUCCAGACAAUGUCGCAGCCUCUACAUGUCCGACCAUCCCCACGAGACAUACCAGCUCCGCCAUCCUAUGGGCAGAUGCUACCGCCAACGCAUGCGUCGCUAGUAAUAACAGAUAUGGGGACUGACACUCACACCCAACACAUGAGUUGGGGAAAGACCAUCCCCUGGCCUGAAGGAGCCGAAGUCUUGCUCAAACGGCUUGCCCACAUACACGCGCUUUAUGCAAAUCCUACACGACCAGAUGAAUAUAAGAAACUCUGCUUCAUCUUUGACGAAUUCUACGCAAAGGCCGAGUUCAGUACAUGGAAACCACCGAAAGAAGACGAGAGGCUGUGGCAGUUAUUUAGAGGGAAGCUUGAUCAGAUACAACAGGAAAUGCUGGAGCGAGGGGAAGUGGUCAAAGGCAGCGAUGGAAUUCUCAAACGCGGUUUCUUGCCGAUCUUGCCGCCAACUAAGGUCUUGAUGAACAACCCUCCGCCUGAAUCGCUAGCAACUCCACCAGACACGCCUGUGCUAGGAAAUGACAAACAAUCCGAAGGAAUAGAAUUGUGGAAUGGACUUGAUGUCGAUAGUCAGACUGAACUGUUCAGGCAACAACUUCGAAAUGCGAAGAAUCGCAAGGGACUCAUGUUGGAGUGGAAUGAAUACUGCGGUGAAGUAAGGGAAAAGAGACAAAUCGCCAAAGCCCGCGAUCCUAAAUCGACGACACCCUCCGCGCGGUCGCCUGGCUCGAAAACCCCACCUGCACCGCCUGCACUACCUGCUCCUGAACCACUCGCAACGAUCGAUGUCAAGCAAAUUAUCGCCAAUAAGAUACAAGAACUCGCGUUGAAAAGAGACAGGGACAGGCAGCAAGCCGCUGAAGAACGAGCAGCAAAGAGGCUAAGAGAGGAUCCUGCUUGA